GUUCACAGUAGGCUGUCAGGAUAAACCGGGGAAGAUGGUGCUAAAAGAAGAGGAUAUAAUCAGAUAUUCUAUGACCGAGGAGGAUCCUAACUCCAAUGCUCAGAUUGUCACUGCAGAGGAAGUUUCCGCUCCAAGAUGGGGACCACAACAUGCAGGAGCACAGGAACUGGCCAGCCAGUACACAAAAGGCAAGCGUAUCCAGGAGACCAUAUGUAUAGUGAUCAGCACCAUAUUGAUUGCCUACAACUUUGUCAUGUUGUGUUGGAAUUUCCAGCCCGAUCUGUGGUACUUUAUCAUUGCAUACGCAUUCCUGGGAAUUUUGACAGCAGAUUUCCUGAGUGGACUAGUUCACUGGGGUGCUGACACUUGGGGCUCUGUUGAUCUACCCAUUAUAGGAAAGGCAUUCAUCCGCCCAUUCCGGGAGCAUCACAUCGACCCCACCUCCAUCACAAGGCAUGAUUUUAUUGAGACCAACGGGGACAACUUCUCAGUGACCAUCCCAUUGAUGGCAUACACUGCAUACAAGUUCCUGACAUACACUCCUGAACAAAUCCGGGAAACUUACACUUUAGAGUGCUACCUCUUUCUACUGACUAUCUUUAUAAGUGUCACUAAUCAGUGUCACAAAUGGUCCCAUACCUACUUCGGCCUUCCACGAUGGAUUACACUUCUGCAAGACCUUCACAUUGUGUUGCCACGAAAACAUCACCGCAUCCACCAUGUGGCACCUCACGAGACUUACUUCUGUAUAACCACUGGCUGGCUUAAUCUACCCCUGGAGAAACUCCGCUUCUGGAGCACAUUCGAGUACCUUAUAGAGGCCACAACAGGCUAUAAGCCCAGGGCUGAUGACCUCAACUGGGCCAAGAAAAGGAGAUGAUGGAAGUUCUCCAUUAAUAUAUAAAGCUUAUGUUAAGUUUAACAUUUUUCAGAUUAAUUUUAUUCUUUAUUUCACAAUUUUACACAAUCAUCUCUCAUAAUUUUUUUUCUCAUCGUUUAUUACUUAUUUUCUGACCAAUUUGGCAUAUAAUGAAUGAAAGUAUAUAAUAUUUAGGUUUUAUUUUUUAAAAAGAUGUCUGUGGAAGAUAACUGUUGCCUUUUAAGGAUGAAUUCAAUCAAAACGAAGUUUGUAAUACAUAGCAUGCUCUGUUUCCUCAUAAUCGUGAUUUCAUCUUAAAAAUUUGAUCAUAGAUUUAUAAACCUUCAUUAAUUAUUACAGAUAAAAAACAUGACAAAAUAAUUUUCAAAUUAGCUAGAGAUUUUGUUUUCUUCCUUUUUAGUUAAUGAAAAAAAGAUAUGUAUAAAGUUUUGAACUUGAUAUGUAUGCAUUAUGUAACAAAACAAACCUUGCAUUUUGUUGUAUGAACAAUACACACACAUAAUUCAAAAAUAAUUGUAACUACUAACUACUUAACAUGACUAUAUUGAAUGAAGUAUUACUGAUAAAGUUAGAAAAUCUUUAAACAAUAUUUUAUUCUGUAGUCGUUUCAUAUACAAGUCACUAGUAGUGGGAAAGUCUGUGAAGAGUUGAGGGUUUAGACAACUGUAGAUCUGAGUCAGUGCUGGUUUGAGACAACUUAAGUGUUGUGUUAGACUCACAAUUUACACUGAAAGAUAAAAUUAAAAACUUCCACAUACAAUAUAAAAUGAAAUUUGUGAAAUGAUUGUUUGAUGAAGACAGAUUUUGUUGGUUAAGUUAUAAGUUGCUUAAUUGUGACCUUUAGUUUGUGUAGGUUACCCUGUGAUCUUAAGUGCUUAAUCAAUCAAUUGUAGAUUUGUAUCAUUGUUGAUUUAUGUUUAAACACAUAAUUUGUCUUUUAAAUCAAAACAAUUUCACUGCUAUUUUACAACUUUCAAUGCUGUGUUAUAAUGGUAUAUUUCAUGUAGUGCUGACCCAAACAUUCUGUUUGAACAUUUGAUGAUUUGAAAUGUUCUAGUUUAACAAAAAAUAGAUUAUAACCAGGUAAGAACAUCUCUAUACAGUGAACUUACAUUAUUGCACAGUUGUUGUAGUAGUACAACUAAAAGAGGUAUCUUGAUUUGUGCAGAAAAUAUCUAUAUAGAAAAGUGCUAUGUUGAAGAAAUUCUAAUGCUUCAAAUUCAAAUUAAAAAAUAUUCAUUUCUAUAUUCUGAAUAUGAUAAGUAUUUACAUGUCUCUAAGAUAUAAGCUGAUCUACCUUGUAUAGCUUAAAUGUUUUCGUCCCUUGUACAUCAUUAUUGGCACAACAUCUGGUGUCUUGUCUUAACUGCUAAGCAAUACCAAGGGGAGAUAACUAGGAUACAUCGACCCUUGUCCUCCCCUUUCUCUUUGUCUAUUAACACUUGAAUACUGCUAUUUUUUCAGAUGUUAUUUCAAUGUUAACUUCUGAAGUGGAGAUCAAUCCAUCUUUUGUUGUUAGGAAAUCAAAAAUGUGGUGAAUCAUAAAAGGCCAUUGAUUCACUAUCAUAUUCAUCCUUUAAUUUCUAUUUUUUAUCGAUUUCACAUACCAUCUAUAUCAUAAUAUAGGUUUAAUAAAUCAUCAAGCUAUUUAUAUAUUGUAUAAUUCUUUCUUUGUAUAUUUUCAAAUAUAUUGUCACCUUUUGAAAUACACCCUUAAUACAUACGGCCAAACAACAUUGCACCUAUUCAUGUUUUAACAUAAUUACGAUGGAUAAUUAAAUUUUGAUACACUACUAAUCUACACUUAGAUGUAAUUUUGAUAGGACAGUAUUUGUUUAUUGAGUUGAAAUAAAGUAAAUCCAUCUGUUAUGAGAUACUGAAGUGAAGAUAAAUCAAAGAAAUAUCCGUCCUCUCCUAAUCAUGUUAUAGCUUACAAAUAAUAUCAAAAAUUUUCUAAAAUUGCUAUAUAUGGAAAUUAAUUGGAAUUAUAAUUUCAUCAUUUUUCUUUGGGUGUAAAUCAAAAUUUAUUAGAGACAACCUACCUACAAUUCUGAGUGUGCUGAUCGAUACAAAUAUACAUUGUAAAGUGAUCCAUCCAUUGGUUUUUUUCAUCAAGUCGUUAGCCUCAAACAUUUUAUUAUGACCAUCCCAUGUUAAAUUAAUUUUCUUUUUGAAAUAUUUUUGAAUGAACAAGUUUUCAUUGAAUCUAUUUUCAUUGAUAUGAAAUUUAUGAGCUGAUAUCAGUAAAAGACAUGAUAGUACAUUGUAUUUUUGUUAAUGGAUUAGGUUACAUUGCUCUCACUUGUUGGUACUCUAUGUACUGUAGCUGAAGGUCAUUCGUACAUCAUUUAUCUUCCAGUUUGUUUUUAUUUUAAUACCUCGAGUUAUCCUAUGGACCAUUUACUUACAUUCAGACAUGACUCUGAUUUAAUAAUAUGAUUUUAAAAUUUACGUCUAAAAUAACAUUAAUGUAUAUGUACAACAAAAUUCUCUACAUCUAAAAAGCACAUUUUUUAUACAAAGUCCACAAUGUAUAUCUUUACAGUAUAAAUUGGUCAAAGCCUAAAGUGAAAUAUAUAUUUAGUGUAUCACAAUAAUGUAUUACAGAAUCACACAAAAUUCAAAGUAAAGUAUGUCAUACAAAACAUAUAAAGUCUAAAGUAAAUCAUGAAAAACAAAAUCAUACAAAGUCCAAAAUAAAUUAUGUAAAAUAAAAUCAUACAAAGUCCAAAGUAAAUUAUGUAAAAUAAAAUCAUACAAAAAUAUUACAGGUUUCUCUGGCCUAGAUCUGAUAAAACUGAUGACCUCACACUGAUGACAUUCUUACAUAAACAAUGGUGACACAGAUAGUUGGAUUAGAUCUAUACAGACACAAAGUCCAGAGUUCACAUGUACUAUAAAAUGAUAGGCUAGUAUACUUACCCUGGUAUCUAGGUUAGGGCAGAGUGGAUGUUACCUUAGCGAUAGCAGCAAUCUCAAUGGACCAUGAUAAACUUUAUACACAUGUGAUACAGGAAUAAACAUCGAACAAGAAUUUUGUGUGUACAAUAUAGUUACUGUAUAUUUCUACUACACAGUCAUUGACAUGUUCCUAUUAAACCAGCUAUCAACACGGUAAUGUUGGUGUAGUUGACAUUAUAUCAUUGAUAAACGAGAACAGCUGUCUUUGUGUUUAGAUCCUACAAUGGAGAAGUGAUAUCCUAUAGACUUACAUUAAGGGCUCUCAUGCUGAUGGCAGGGUCCUAAAUAAUUGUGACACUGAUAACUUGUGUAGAAUUGUAUACCCUUGAUGAAUACUGACCCAAGUUUUAUGUUUGGCAGUAGAAUCUUGUGGACAUUUAUAUGUAUAGCAGUAAUAUGCUUGUGGUGCAGCUCCUGGAGACUGCUUAUCUUUUGAUGUAUUUGUUUUGGGUGGUACACUUGUUAAAUGUAUAAUAUAUAUAUUGUAGAUGUUGUUAUGAAUUAUUCGGUGUGAGUUUGAUUAUUUUACAGAUUGAAUCAGGUGGAUAUAUAUUAUGUGUAGUGGCAAGAUUAUUAUACUGUUGAUUGACUGUUAUUACCAAUUUGUGGGAAUGUCUAAAAAGUCUUUUACCCCCAAAUCAGUUGUAGAAUUUUAUACCACAAAGCCAAUGUCUGACACUUAGACGUUUUCCUGAGGAUGCAGUAAUCCAAUUCCUACAUUGUGCCAAUGACAAUCUAUUGAUGUUGAGUUGGUAGUCAGAGAUAUGAAACCAAAGAAUGUUCAAUGAGUUUAUGUAUUUAUACUUUUGGUACUAUUGUGACAUUCUCCAGGUUGGUCAAACAACCUAUCACAGUCCUGUAGGGCCAGUUAGGUUACCGAUAGUUUCACUGGACAGGUCUGCUCUAGGUAAACCAGAGUAUAGACUUUAUUUUCAUUGACAUUAUAUACUUAUUUCCAUACUUUCCUUUUCUGUUUGACGGAGUACGCUCCAGUAUAUAGCUUACAGCUAUGUACUUGUAGAGCCAUAGUAUCCUGGACCAACUGGUUUGUUUUAGAUAUGGGUGGUCAACAGUUACACGGGAGUUAACUUGACUAACAAUAUAUAGUCCUGUAUACAGUAUUUACACUGUUAACACCUAUGGUUGUAUGCUCGAUUGAGUCAUUGUUAGGUUUUGUUAAUUGACAUGUUUGCAUUAGGCUUUAUUAAUUAGAUGAUAAAUCAAUGUGUCACUUAUCUAUUGGUAGUUUUUUCCUAUAUACAAUCUUGUAUAUGGGGAUUCCCUAAGAUAAAUCGGUGUUAAUUAGAUUCUAUCCAGUAUAUAGAAUUGAUGUAAAUGUGUUAAAUUAAAAAUCAAAAAUUCUGUAAUUGUAAAAUAUGAAUAAUGACAACUACAUAUAUUAGAUAGACAUGUUAUUUCCUAGUGGUCCCACCGUACCAUUGAUAAUUACUGAUAAUUACUGAUAAUUACUGAUAAUCCACCGAUCCUCUACAUGUGUCACUAUAUUGUUAAUUCAUUUAAUACUCGAUCAGGAUUUUUUUACUAGAAGCAGUCAGUGCUGGAGGUUAUGUUGUUAGGAAUCUGACAGACAUAAUCACCUUAUAUGACCUUGAGUUGUACUGAUUGACCUUUGAUUUACUGACCAAUUGUUUACCUAAGUUCGAUUUACUGACCAUUGGUUUUUAUUUACGUCACUGGGUUUACCGGACUGACCAUUAAGCUGAUUGUAAUAUGCCCAACAUGUAUAGAUGUCAAUAAGGGAAUUUUAAGUGCCUGUGUACUUUGUACAUUGUCUAUGUAAGCAUAUUAUUUUUAAUUUUUGUAUUUAAAUGUUUGUUUUCCAUCCAAUUAAAAACAGUGAAGGAAAUGUUAAGAAUUGAUAAGAUUUUAUUAUAGAAAUGAAAUAAUUUAUGAUAUAUAAGAAUGAUGAGCAUGAUGAUGAUGACGAUAAUGAUGAUGAUGAUGAUAGUAUUGCGAGUUACAAUGACAAUGAAAAUUAGAAAAAAUGAUGGAUUAACACUAUAUUUUCAGUGAAAAAUUGUCAAUUUAUCUAUGAUAUAAACAUGUUUAUACAUCAGUGAUGUGAUCGCUAAGAUCACCUCCCAUUUGAUCGUAUGAUAUACAAUAUCGUGAUGGUACAUUGUACAUGUAUUUUCCUCAUUUUGGUCGUACCUGUUUUUAUUUCUAAAGAAAAGUGAGGGUUGUUUUUCCUUCUACAUCUCAAAAUGAAAAGUGGAUACUUUGGGAAAACACUUUGAUAUGAAAUAUGACAUCAAAAGUUAAGAUAAAAGAAACAGUUAAUACUUUAUCAAUGAACAAACAGCUAGGUAAACGAUACCUUGAAAAUGUGAUAUAUUGUUGUUCAUUAAUAUGUAUUUUAUCUAGUUUUAAAGGUGCAUGUGUUUAAUGUCUUUCAAAUAUGGCAGAUUUAUCAAUUUUAAACAAACUGUCGCUUGAUGAGAGUAUAUCAUAUAUAUGUUAUCCCCAAAACACACUUGGCUGGAAACAACAUCCCACCAUUAAGCAAACAUUGCUUACAGAUUAAUGGUUAACAUCACAAUUAUAAUUGUAAACUCAAGCAAGUAAUUGUUCAUUAUUAGUGCCCUGUACGAUGAAGGUCUGUUUACAUCAUAAUGUGUGCAUGAAAUAACAACGUACAGCACAUUUCACAAGAUAGUCUCCUAAUUUAUGUAACUUUGGCACCUAGCUUGCACUAUUAGAAAUGGAUAUUUUUUUUUUUGUUAGAUUUAAAGAAUCUUUUUUUUUUGGAAACCUGAAACAAUUUAAAUCAAAAUCUCAAUUUAUAAAGUAUCUUUAGUGGAAAUUAAAAAACAGUAACGAAAUGAUAAUUAUGAUGGUUCAGAUUUCUGCUAGUAGGGCAUAAUGCCUAACUAAUGACUUACUAAUUACAACAGUAAUUGUCAAAAACGGAAGAUGGCACCAAGAUUUCCUGAUAAAUUUGUUGAAAAUGAGAUAUCUACAUAAUUUUGUAUCAGUCAUGACAGAAGCUUUAAUUUGUACAGGUAUGUUAUUCACACUUCUUGAGAUCAUAGGUCAUCUAGUACUUAAUUAUCUAUAUCUCAAUUCAAUUUUUUUUUUUUUUUAAUAUUUGUUCUAUGAAUUAAAGCACAUUUCAUUUAUAAUUUAUUUCAAUUUUUAAUCCUUCCUCUUCUUAUUCUUUCAUAGAGUUUGUUUUAUUUUGGUUUUAAAAAACACAAUGUCUGUGGAAAUUUGGUCAGUUGUUAAAUAAUAGAGGAUAUAUAUGUGUGUUACAUGUCCUGGUUACAUGUGGUAUGUAUAGGCUUGGUACAGGUAUUUGUGUUGGUUGUAGAAUGGAACACAAUAUUGUGAUAUCGGCCAUAGAUAUGUGCCUAUAGCUGUACUGUAUCCAGGUAUUAACUGUGCUUGUGUAAGAGGCUUGUUAACAAACAACAGAUACAUGUACCACUGUGGUCGUGUAUCACAAUUACACAGGUAUUAACUGUGCUCGGUAAGAGGUGGCAUGUUAACAAACAACAGAUACCAAUGUGGUCGUGUAUCACAAUUACACAGGUAUAAACUGUGCUCGGUAAGAGGUGGCAUGUUAACAAACGACAGGUACCAAUGUGGUCGUGUAUCACAAUUACACAAAAAUAAUGCUUAAUGUUUAGCAUAUCACACUAGAGAGGAAGUCAUUAUAUUGCUAUGAAAUUGUGUGUAGGUUGCUUACGAACAUCAUCAAUAUCUGCUGCUAGUGACAAAUUUUAUUGUACCUCUCUAAAAGCAACCUGUAUAUACAUGAAUCAUGCAUUGUAACAAAAUCUGGACCAGAUAAGUUGUGGCUUUGAUUAUUGAUUGACCUUGACCUUAAAGGGUUAAAUUUGAGCGCCUGUUACACAAGCGUGCCCAAUUGUUACUGUGAAUGUGUAGAUCUGUAUGAAGUAUAAAUGAAAUGUGAUUUGUUUGCUUCUGUGAACUGUAUUUCUUAUGUAGUAAAAGUCUUGUAUAAAGCAAA